AAUACGUACGGUAUACGGUUUAGUUAUCUUCAUAGACUCCAAACCUCUCCAAUAUUAUCUCGGAGACGCUCGCGUUGCGUGGUAGACGGACUUCACGAUGAAUGGCGGCGUCUCGUCGUGUCCUCCGGCGGCUGUCUCCUCUGCCCGAAACGACGACGACGAUGCCGCCGCUGGCGCCACCACGACGACGAGGAGGCCGACGUGGAGGCGACGCCGCUCGCAGAGAGGGAAGCCACGGUUCACGCUGGCCAAGCACCCCACGCGUCGGGCGAUGCUUGCCAUGCGGCGCGCCGCGCAGCGGGCGAUCGCCGCGGCGGAGAAGGCCGCGCGGAGGAAGACGCAGCGAGCGGUCGCCGCGGCGGCGAGGGCCGCGCGGAGGAAGAAGAAGGCCGCCGAGAGCGUCGCCCGGAGAGAGCAGAAGGCCGCCAUGAGAGAGCAGAAAGCCGCCGCCGCCGCUGGCCAGAAGAAACGGAAAGCCGCCGCCGCCGCCGCGGCCGCCGUGCGGGCGACAGCGCGGCGUAAGCUCGACUUCGACGGUGAGCAGCAGCAGAUCAUGCCGCCGGAACGCAUCUACCGGCAGACCUCCUCCAGCAGCAGAGCCGAUCUGAUGGACAACAUGAGGCUCCUCCUCGUCGCGUUCGACCUGUCGCCGCCGGAACAGCCCUGCACGCCACCGGCGAGAUCGGAGAGGCAAAUCCUGCGGCUGCCGCCGCCGGCCACCGUGACCACCGCCAUCGUCGCCCUCAAGAACAAGCCGAAGAAAGCGACAACGGUGAACAAGCUCGCGCUGGUGCCGUACAAACCCACGCGCGCGGCCGCCUCCGCCGUCGACGAGGUGCUCCCGGGGGCGCUGGUGCUCUACGGCGACGGCGAGCCGACCACGCAGGCGGCGCGGAUGUUCGUGCCACGGUGGACCUCCGUGCGGCUCGUGUUCGACAAGCUCCCGCCUCGCUUCGGCCUCGUCGUCGGCCUCGACGCCGCGACGAGGGCCGUGUACAACGAGCUGGUGCGGCGGGAGGCAACGUCGUACGGCGACGACGAGCUCCACGACGUGCCCGGCGGCCCGGAGUGGAACGAGCGGCGCCGCGAGUUCGAGCGCAAGGUCGACCACUUCAUGUACAACAUGCGGAGCAUAAUCGGGGAUAGAAACUUUUCUCCAUGGGGAGGAUCAGUGGUCACCUCUGUAGUUGGCACAUUUCUCACGCAAAAUGUCUCGGACAACUUGUCGAGCAACGCUUUCAUGACAAUCGCGGCGAGGUUCCCUCUGAAGAACCGUAGGAAUGCAGGACACCAUUCAGACAAUGUACCUUUGUUGGCGCAGAAUUCAGGCAAUGUACCUUUGUUGUUAGCUGAUGGUCACGAUGAACAAGAACAAUGCCAUUGCCAGCUUCAAAGCAUAGCACAAUGCAGCAGUGGUUCAAAAUCAGGUGUGGCUGAACCCGGUGAUGUCAGCCAACGAGCUGAGCAAACAGAGUGCCCUGACAAGGAUCUUGAGGCGAUCAUGUCGGCGAUACGAAGCGGCGAUAUAUCAAAUUUUGACGAUGAUCACAUACAGAAGGUUCUGAAAGUCAGGUUCAAAGAUUCGACACCUCCUCCUUCCGAAUCUUCUUCUUCGAGAAAAAAGUCGAUAUCCACAGCUGAAACAAUCUUCAAGGACAUUAAGUCUAUUAAGAAAAAUGAUACCUCCCAUUGGCAUUCUCUCUAUGAUGAAGCUCGCAACAGAGGGUACAUAAGAGAUGAUGACAUUCCUGACAUGGUCGAUUGGGAGGCUUUGAUGAAUGCACCAUUUGCUGAUGUUGUGGACUGCAUCAAGGACCGAGGACAGCAUUCUCAAAUGGCAUUUAGAAUCCUGGCUUUUCUAAUUCGCAUGAAAAGAGACCAUGGAAACAUUGACCUUGAAUGGCUUAGAUUCAUCCCUCGUGCAAAGGCAAAGCAGUACCUACAUAGUGUAAUUGGGCUUGGACACAAAAGUGUUGACUGCAUUCGCCUCUUAUCUCUGAGACACAGAGCAUUCCCGAUUGACACAAAUAUCGCUCACAUAGUUACAAGGCUAGGAUGGGUGCAACUCCGUCCUUUGCCAUCAUCUCAGGAGUUUCAUCGGGUAGACAACUACCCUGUCAUGGCCGAUAUCCAAAUGUAUCUUGAUCCCUUGAUGUGUAAUAUUUCUUCAGCAAAACAGUACGAGCUGCAUUGUCAGAUGAUAACUUUUGGAAAGGCAAUUUGUAGGAAAUCAAAACCAAACUGUGGCGCGUGCCCAUUUACUUCUGAGUGCAAAUAUUACAAAAGUCAGUUUGGGAGGGCCGCGCUUGCUCUCCCAGAGUACAGCCAGCAAGAUGCAACAAAGGAUGCAAACAUGGACGACCCAGCAAAGACAUAUGAUCUAAUUUUCAAAGCACAUCAAUACCAAAUCGAAUAUGGAAAAAACACAGAAAUGAAUUAUUGCGAGCCUGUUAUCGAGAUACCACCAACUCCACUACAUGAAAACCGAGGAGAAACAAGUGAUGAAGACGAUGAGAAUGGGUACUAUUUCGAUGAUGAUAUGGAAGACAUAGGUCGACACGAUUAUGAUAUGGAAGACAUAGAACACGAUUAUGAUAUGGAGGUAGAUCUUCGCUCUGCGAAACCCACCACAAACACAAGCCAGGCAGGAGCUACACCUGGGAAAGAGAUGAUUCCAAUCAAUCCACGAGCCAAAUCAACUCCAAUGGUGAAGAAAUUUUCUCUGCGAACAGAGUACACUGCAUGUAUCAUUCCUGAUGGCCAUAUCAUCUUGAAAAAGUUUGAUCCAAGGGUCCCUGGUGACCGAAAUCCAUAUCUCUUGGUAUUUCGUAGUUUUGACGAACAUACUGUGAAGGCUACAAUUUUGAUACCUAGCCGAACUGCAAACCGAGGAAUGUUCCCAUUGAACGGAACCUAUUUUCAAGAGAACGAGGUUUUUGCUGAUCAUUCGUCUAGUCGUUCACCCAUAGAAAUAAAUAGGGAUUUAGUAUGGGAGCUUCGGCGUCAGACAUGCAUUGUGCACUUUGGUACUAGAGUACAUAGUGUCACGAAAGGUCAAACAAGAGAAGGACUUUAUCACUUCUAUAAUGAAGGAUACAUCUGUACCAGAGAAUUUGACCGCAGGACAAAGUUUCCGAAACAAUUAUGUGUCGAAAUACAUGCCACCAACGUAAACAAAGAUAUUGGCAAGAAAAGGGCUAGACCUAGUACAACAAGGUUUUAUUCAGAGGAAGAUAGCGGAGACGAGUGGUCUGACUGGUGAACUUAUUGACACCUCGACAAAGCUAAUAAGGAUAUUGGUGAGUUUGUAAUGUUGCAAAAUUUGUCUAAAUUGGCUUCACACUGACAAAAGGGAAAUAAGGAACUGCAUUCGCGAAAAGAUAAUUGCUAAGUUGACAACAAUAAUUCCAGUGUACUAAGCUUGUCGUCUGUUCGCUUUGCGAGUCAAAUUUGAUAGAGGAAAUUCUUUUACGAGCUGAUUUGCUUAUAGCAUAACGGGGUGUGUCACUUGAAAAAAAGAAUGAAAGUCACGCAAGAUUUAUUUUCUGGUUUCAAUAUUUU